AUGGAACGUAAAUCACGUUCGUCGCGCACUCAAGACGACGGUUCAGUAGAAGAGUUUGGCCUGUGGAAGCAAAUUUGCACAUCGCUUCUGAAAUUAGAGGGUAUUCAGAAGGAAGAAGAGACCAUUAUCAACAGCAUCAAUAAAAUUCAAUUAUCCGUGGACAUGGAGCAAGGUAUUACCAGCCUGAUUUAUCAGAAAUUAAAAGACAAUUACAAGCGUGGCAUCGAGUUGACUUCAAGCGAGCAAAAAACCAUCCAAGAUAUCAUCGAAAAGAUAUCAGUUCUAGUUGCAUUGCGAGAUAAUGAGCAAGAUCAGAAAAGGAAGAAGAGAAAAUCAGAAAUAGAAAAUAGAGCAAACGGAAACCAUAUUUUUGUAAAGGGAACAACGGUUGCUGCAAGACAACCAAAAGAAAAAGACAAAAGCGAAGAAUGGAUCUUGGCUGUUGUUCUCCAAUAUUAUGCAGAUAAAAACAAGUACCAAGUGGAGGAUGUAGAUCAAGAUGAUUACGGAGAAAAGCAACGUUACAUGUUGUCUCCACGUUAUGUGAUUCCAGUUUUGAGCUCGGAAGCUGCAAAAUCUUCACCUGAAAUUCCUGCUCAACAGGACGUAUUAGCGUUGUACCCAGGAACAACAUGCUUUUAUAAAGCAACUGUAAUUGCUCCUCCAAGCAAGAGCAAAGACAUAAAGAAUUAUAGAGUCCAAUUUGAGGAUGACAACGAUGAGGUGAAAUAUGUCAUGCCAGAACAUGUAUUAGAGAUGCCUAAAAUAAAAUGA